GAAUACGAAGAUCUCUAGGAUACGACGAUUUUUCCAAUGUACAAAGGCUCUAUGACGAUAAGACGAAUUGUGCCCGAUAUGUACGUCAGUCAAGGUUAUCCUCUGAAUGGUUCAACGAGAAGGACAAUGGUAUCGUCUUCGUCGAGAUGAGCAUUGAAGAUCCUAAAAAGUUUAUGAAAGUUGUUCGAGUCGGCGAAUAUCUCCGGUCUUUCUUUGGAUAUUGUGAAUAUUUCCAAAAUCUGGAAUUAUGUAUUUUUGACAUGAAAGGUAUUGCUAUCACACCGUACAUGUCACCGACAAGCGCAAUCAACUGCUUAAUGCAGGCUCGUGUCAAUGUAUGGCUGGAUUAUUAUGCAGAACUACUGAAGCAUGUUGUUAUUGUGAAUCCACCAACAUUCCUUGCUCUUGCAUGGAAGGUGAUCUCAUUUCUACUUCCCGCCAAGGUCCAUGAUCGAUUUCAUUUUGCCAGCCGAUAUCCAGACCAAAUGACAAAUUACCUCAGUAUGGAAGCAAUUCCGCCGGCCUUCUGCGGAACCUAUAAGACUCGAAGUGAGCUAGAUAACGGCUGCUUCAAAUCGGCAAAGAUCACCGAGGACGAUUUCGUGGAAGACGGGUCGCUUUGGAAAGCUAAUGGAAUCGAACUAGCGCCAGAGUCACGAUCAGUAAAAGCCGGGGACGAGCUAUCAAUGGAAUUCUUGCCUGAGAAGAGCCGAAGAAUGAUCUACAGUUUUACAAAUGACGUCGACCUGACUCCACGAUUUAGAAUGAUGACUCCAAAAUUAGCUGAGGAAGAGAUUCUUGUACUCCCAUCCGAUUCUCCAGUGAUAUUUCGGGUUUGUAAUCGUGGUAAAAUAUUCGCUGCCAAGAUAACAAUUGCAGUAGCAUUUUUGUAA